AUGUGGCCAAGCGCGGGAAGAAGCAGCUGGGCACUGUGGCUGCAGGUACCCUUGCCCUUCCUUCUGUCUUUGUUCUGCCGGGCUCUCCCGGACCCGAUCCGCUACUCCAUUCCGGAGGAGCUGGCCCAGAACUCGCUGGUGGGAAACCUCGCCAAGGACCUGGAGCUGGGUGAGGACUUGGCGCCCCGGAAGCUGAGAGUUAGUGCUGAGAAGGAAUACUUCACUGUUAACCCAGAGAGCGGGGAUUUACUUGUAAGUGACAGAAUAGACAGAGAGCAGAUUUGCGGGAAGCAGCUUCUGUGUACUCUGGAUUUCGAUAUUAUCGCUGAAAACCCAUUGAAUAUUUUCUAUGUAGCAGUAAUCAUUCAGGAUAUAAAUGACAAUGCUCCAAUAUUCAAACAGAAUAAGAGUGAUUUAAAAAUUGGAGAAUCCACCAAGCCAGGUAAAACAUUUCCACUGGAACCAGCUCUGGAUUCAGACUCUGGUGCUAACUCGCUGCAGAGAUACCACCUUAAUGACAACGAAUAUUUCGAUGUGGCAGAAAAACAGACUCCAGAUGGGCAUAAAUAUCCAGAGUUGAUUCUGAAACAAUCUCUAGACAGAGAAGAACAUAAUUUUCACCAAUUGGUCCUCACAGCUGUGGAUGGAGGGGUUCCACCUCAAACUGGCACCACCGAGAUUCGAAUCCAAGUCACUGAUGCCAAUGAUAACCCUCCAGUAUUCAGCCAGGAUGUGUACAAAGUCACCUUGAGAGAGAAUGUGCCCCCAGGCUUCUCAGUGCUGCAAGUGAAGGCCACCGACAAAGAUGAGGGCAUCAAUGCAGAAAUCACCUACUCCUUUCAUAAUGUGGAUGAAGAAGUAAAACAGCUUUUCGACUUAGAUGAAAGAACAGGAGAAAUCAAGACGAAGGGUAAUCUGGAUUUUGAAACUGCUCAUCGUUACUCUAUAGGUAUAGAAGCAAAAGAUCCUGGCGAUCUAGCAUCUCAUUGCAGUAUCCAAGUCGACAUUCUGGAUGAGAACGAUUGCGCACCUGAAGUGAUUGUGACUUCAGUGUUUACUCCUCUACCAGAAGAUUCGCCACCAGGAACAGUAGUCGCCUUGAUCAAAACGAGAGACAGGGACUCUGGAGAAAACGGAGAAGUGAACUGCCAAGUCCUGGGAAAUGCCCAGUUUACAUUGAAAUCUUCCUCCAACAACUACUACAAACUAAUGACAGACCGGCCUCUAGACAGGGAGGAGAUACCAGAAUACAACAUCACCAUUGCAGCCACUGACAGGGGCAAACCGCCCCUCUCCUCCAGCAUAACCCUCACUCUGGAUGUAUCUGACAUCAACGACAAUGCACCUGUUUUCCACCAGGCCUCCUACGUGGUCCACGUGGCUGAGAACAACCCUCCCGGAGCCUCCAUCGCCCAAGUCAGCGCCUCCGACCCAGACCUGGGGCCCAACGGCCAAGUGUCCUACUCCAUCCUGGCCAGCGACCUGGAGCCAGGCGCGCUGUCGUCCUACGUGUCGGUGAGCGCGCACAGCGGGGUGGUGUUCGCCCAGCGCGCCUUCGACCACGAGCAGCUGCGCUCCUUCCAGCUCACUGUGCAGGCGCGCGACCAGGGCUCGCCCCCGCUGCGCGCCAACGCCAGCCUGCGCGUGCUGGUGGGCGACCGCAACGACAAUGUGCCGCGCGUGCUCUACCCCGCGCUGGAGCCCGACGGCUCGGCGCUCUUCGACAUGGUGCCGCGCGCCGCCGAGCCCGGUUACCUGGUCACCAAGGUGGUGGCGGUGGACGCCGACUCUGGACACAAUGCCUGGCUGUCCUACCACGUGCUGCAGGCCAGCGAUCCCGGCCUCUUCAGCCUGGGGCUGCGCACCGGCGAGGUCCGCACCGCUCGCGUCCUGGGGGACAGGGAUGCGGCCCGCCAGCGCCUGGUGGUGGCUGUGCGCGAUGGUGGACAGCCGCCCCUCUCGGCCACUGCCACUCUACACCUCAUCUUCGCAGAUAGCCUGCAAGAAGUGUUGCCAGACCUGCGCGAUGACCCUUCGCCCUCGGACCCUCAGACAGAACUACAGUUUUACCUGGUGGUGGCCUUGGCCUUGAUCUCUGUACUCUUUCUUCUCGCUGUGAUUCUGGCCAUCGCCCUGCGUCUGAAGAACUCCUCUGGUCCAGCUGCCUGGGGCUGCUUUCAGCCUGCUCUCAACUCCAAGUCUGGUCCUGGGGUUCUCUCCAGUUACAAUGCGGGAACCUUGCCCUAUUCCUACAACGUGUGUGUUGCCUCACACUCAGCCAAGACCGAGUUUAAUUUUCUCAAUGUGUCCCCGGAAGUGGCUCCCGCUCAGGACCUCCUCUGUGAUGAAGCCUCUUGGGUUCCAUGUACAGCUCUUGGAGACAAUAUUGCCCCCCUUGCCUCAGAAAAUGUUUUAAAGAAAGUUUCUCAAGGACUUCACAAGUAA